ACUUAGAAGUGGGGAAACACUUCUAUCCAAUUGCGCGCUCAAAAGGUUGUUGAGACUCAGCACCAAUGUCACAGGUCCUCUCUUUCCAUGUUCUUCUAUCUGCAGAGACCCACAGGCCUUCUUCUUCUUCCUCCAAGUCACUCAAGUUGGAGCAGAGAACAAAGACAUCCAUUUCUACUCCCAGAAAAGGUAAUUUCAAUCCCUCACGCAAAACCCAGAAGCUGAAUACCGAGGUUUCUACCUACAGAGGUGGUCAGUUCAAUCCGGCACGCAAAACCCAGAAGCUGAAUUUGGAGAUCUCUCCUCACAGAGCUGUUUCUGCGGUGAGAUUGAUGAGAAUAGAGAUGGGAGGUGCUUUUGCUGAUCUUCUCAAUGAGAAAGGGAAGGGCUCUGGUGAAAAUGAGAUGGGAUAUGUUGAAAGAACUCUCGGGUUUCGCACACGGGAUUUAGAGGAUCGUGAUCUUAGACUGGUCACUGAAAUUGUUGGAGGCACCAUACGUUGGAAGCGAUAUCUUGAUCAUUUGAUCAGUUCGAUAUGUCGUGAUGCAAACACAUUUAGCAGGAUGGAACCACUUCUUUUACAGAUUCUCCGAAUUGGUUUCUACGAGAUUGUCAAGCUUAAUAUGCCACCGUAUGCUGUUGUGGAUGAGAAUGUGAGGCUUGCGAAGAUUGCCCUUAGACAUGGUGCUGGCAACAUGGUCAAUGGGAUUCUCCGGAAGCUUGUUCUACUUAAGGAAAGUAACUCUCUUCCUCUACCCAAAGUAGAGGGUGAUGAUCGCACACAAGCACGUGCUCUUGCCACUCUGUACUCUCAUCCUGUAUGGAUGAUAAGGCGAUGGACAAAGCAUCUGGGACAAGAAGAAGCAAUUAGAUUGAUGGCAUGGAAUAAUAGUGAUCCUAGUUUCAGCUUAAGGGCAAACAGUGGGAAAGGUAUUUCAAGAGCUGACCUUGUGACAAAGCUUAAUUUAUUGGAGGUCCCACAUGAGCUCUCUUUGCAUUUGAAUGAUUUUGUCCGUAUGAAAAAAGGGUUGCAGAUUGUAAUUCAAGCUGGUUUGCUAAAAGAAGGUUUAUGUUCUGUACAGGACGAGAGUGCAGGUCUGGUAGUUUCUGUUGUAGAUCCGCAACAGGGUGAAAGCAUUAUUGAUUGUUGUGCUGCUCCUGGAGGAAAGACUCUUUACAUGGCGUCCCUUUUGAGUGGCCAAGGUAUGGUAUACGCAAUUGACAUAAAUGAAGGGCGGUUGAGAAUCCUCAAAGAAACGGCUAAGUUGCACCAAGUAGAUGGUGUCGUCACCACUAUCCAUGCUGAUAUGCGUAGUUAUGCUGACAAUAAUACUAUGAAGUGUGACAAAGUUCUGUUGGAUGCUCCAUGUUCUGGACUGGGUGUUCUCUCCAAGAGGGCAGACUUGCGUUGGAACAGGAGAUUAGAGGAUAUGGAGGAGCUUAAGAAUUUGCAGGAUGAGCUCCUUGAUGCAGCUUCUCAAUUGGUCAAGCCUGGUGGAGUUUUAGUAUACAGUACUUGCUCCAUAGAUCCGGAAGAGAAUGAAGAGAGAAUUGCUGCAUUUCUUCUCAGGCAUCCAUAUUUUUGCAUAGAUCCCGCUGACAAAUAUGUUCCAUCUGAAUUCAUAACGGAGCAUGGUUUCUAUUCCUCCAACCCUGUGAAACAUUCCCUGGAUGGGGCCUUUGCUGCUCGUUUAAGUCGAGCUUUGUAAAUAUGUAGGAGUUGAGUUCUGGAUAUAAGUUCGAACAAGUUUUGCAAUUUUUAUUGGUGAGUGUGACCGAGAGAAUAAAUACUGUCUCCCAGGAAAAGAACUGAAUUGACAGCUAGUUGAGAUCAGCUCUGUUCACAUUUUUUGUUUGAUUGAAAGCCAUAUUCACUUCAAAAGUGGUCCUUUAACAGGCACCACAAGGAUAAGUUGCGCGUGGAAGACAACCAUUUCGACAUCUUGUAGAGGUUCCUGCGCUGAUGACCCAACUCACUUGUGCUAAAUAGCAAUUGGUACAGUGAAAAUGCUAUACACCGACAUUGAAGAGGGAUCACUAGGCAUCAAGAUUGACAUAGCUGUCUUCACUGACUCUUGGUUGGAUUCUCCAAUUUUGCCUGUGCAGGAAGCACAGUGGAAACUAUGGAUGAGUCGAUACAGCAAAUGAUUGCAAGGAUGGUUCAUAUGUAAGUUUGCAACAGAAUAAAAGGAAAAGAAGAGAGAAUAAGCUGAUUUGUUUAGCUAGUAUAUGCUUGUAACCAAAACCAUCGCAUAUUGUAUCCAUGUUCUCGACUAAUUAAAUAAUCAAGUAUGGUUUUAUG